AUGUCUUCUAUUAUUUUCAGUGUAUCUCAAGCUCGAUUACCAAUGCAAUCCCCUUUGCAAUCAGCAUUUACAAGUCAACGUAACUCUGUUUCAACACAAGGUGCUUUAUCGCGUCAACCAAGUCCGAUGAAUUCGCCUGCUCUGAAUCCUUUUAUAUAUGGCACCGAUGUAGAUUCUGUUGAUGUCGCUACUAGAGUAGCAACUGUUCGUUUCUUUAACUCACAAAAUACUUUGGCUAAUUUUGCUGAGCACACGCGUACACUACGUUUGUAUCCACGUCCAGUUGUCGCCUUUCAAAUAAACAGUUUCUUACGUUCGCGACCGCGUACUUCACAGUUCCUAAAUCAAUUCGCGCGUACACAGGCAGUGGAGUUUCUCGCUGAAUGGUCAUUGACGCCAACGAAUGUUGCUUUCUUGCGUGUGCAAACUGGUGUUAUGGAUCCUAUGCAAGUGGGUGAUAAGCCAAAAUGGUUUGCACAAUCGCUCACACCAAUACGUUUUUCUGUGUGGGAUGAUGGCAGUUCACUUAAUGGAGCAUUACGUUCGCUUAAGCAAUUGGAAUGCCAACCUACUGAUGAAAGUGGUUCAGAUUCUGAAGGUGCGGAGAGUUCCAGCUCAUCGUACUCAUCACUUAGUGACUUUGUUUCUGAAAUGGUUUCAUCAGAUUUAUCACCAAGUAUACAUGAUGUAUUUGGUUCCCAUAAUCGUCCGCACAAUGUACCUCAGACACUGUCAUCUAAUUUAGAUCCGGCGUUAGUUUAUCAUCCACCAAGUAAAUUACAGUACCCAGAAGGUACGAUUGAGCAUGUUAGUUCUAGAGAUGAUGAUGAUCGUGCAGAUUCACCUGUUUCAUCUUCAUCAAGUCGUUCGGAUUUAAGUUCUCCAAGUUUCAAUCGAGAUUCAGAGUUUGAUUUUCCUGCAAAAGCUGCUGGCCCCUUUGAGCUAGCGGCACCUGUAGCUAUGCGUUUAGAAGCCACCAUUAAAGCGGCUAGCAUUGAUAAUGAAGCUGAUGGUGUAAAAAGUACUGCACCCCAUAAAAUGCAGAAAAACGAAAGUGAUUUAGAACGUACUGGAUCGGAGAAAAAGAAAAUUCCUACAUCUAUAACACCACCUGUUAAACAGCCAAAUGUUUCUAAUAUAUUAGCACGUACUGGUAGUUCCGGUUCGAGUUCGGGCAGUCCUGGUCGUCAAGGGUCACAAGGUUCACUUUUUGAAAACUUUGCCUCGCACGCAAAAGAACUUGUUCGUGAAACUACACGUCAGAGUAGUCAAGAAGGAUUACUAGCACACAUGGAUAAGCAAUCGGUGGAAGAUAAUGUUACCGAAGACAUUGACGAAAAAGUGCGUCACACAUUUGAAAAGUUUACGCUUCAUGCCAAAAAAGCGGCUGGUGAAGCUUCCAAGCAGGCAUUGGAGGUUUCUAAACAGGCAGCUGGCGUUAGCAAAAAUACUUUCGAUGACUUGACUUAUGUGGGCAAAUCGACAUUGGGAGAUUUGACAAAGACAGCCAAAGAAGCUGCUACCAAGAAAGGAAUAAUUAAAAUUGAUGAGAAUGCGAGUAGUGUAGGUGUUCCUACAACGCAAGUGGCGACACAGAAACAAGUCCAAAAUACAGGCAACACAUUUUUCUCAUCUAUCGGGACCGAUUUCAAUGGCUUAGCAACUUCAACUUCAACAAUGUUUUCUGGAAUGUUCGGUAAAAAAAACCAGCAAAAACAAACCCCACAGCAACAACAACAACAAACCGCUGGAAGUACACAGCAAAAGCAGAAAACGGGUUUAAAUUUUGAUCCUUUUCCGGGUCGUAAGGGAUUAGUUGAGCGCACGCCAUUAAUAAAACAUGCUGGGCCCCGACAAACGCAAGAAGAGUUAGCAAGACAACAGAAUCAAGAACGCUCGCACAGUGAUUCAGAGAAUCAAGCUUUUCUGAAAGAUGUGACAAGUCAAGUAUUGGCAGGUGAAGGUGUUGGUUGGCUUAAAUUAAAUCGUUUUAAAAAAUUAAUGGAGGACGAAUCAUAUCGUACAUUGGUACUUAGUAAACUGAAUAGAACCCUGGAGAAAAAAAUCGCACCUGAUGAUCAUAUAGACGAUGUGUGUAUACCAAAGCCGGUGUGGAAAGGAAUGUUAAAGUGCUUACAAGCAGUUAGUUCUGGCUUAGAAGUUACAUUUUCAAAUUUUGGAUUAGGUGGUAUGGCAUCAGUUUUUCAAAUGAUGGAAAUUGCACACACACAUUUUUGGAGUAAAGAAUUUAACGAAGCAAGCGAUAUGUCUUCUAGUUUACUAUCCAGUCAUGUAACAAGUCCAAUGGGGAGUCGUGAAAAUUUACGUUCACCUGCAAGCCCAAAUGGUUCUCACUCAGGCUUAGGUAGCGAGUGGGCUUCCCAAACAGCUUCACCGCAGGAAUCACGUAAAAGUUCAACACACACAGAUCGAAUGGGUCAUACUACCGCUGCACGUAGAUUGUCUUCCACUGAAAGUCAAGACGGACAGUCAACUACAGAAAUGUUUAAAGAUAUGUUAGCACAAAAGCGCACAGCUUUGCUCAGCAAGUUAACGUCUUUCGAUUCCGAUGGUGCUGGCUCUACGGGUGCUCUCUCCGUGGUCAGUGAUCUCUUGCCAAGCGGUAGCUUGGGCGUACGAAUGCCUGCCAGUUGUCGUUCAACUGUGUCUGAUACUGAAUACGAAAAUACAACCACUUCGAAGGAUUCAAAGCGAAGUUCAGGAAACCUUUGGUCAGGAAAAUCAACACUAAGUGCAGGUUUUCGCUAUACAGGUGGACAUUUAAUAAACACCUCAUCUUCACCAUCACCAGAUAGCCCAAGAGUAUAUGUCUUUGAAGGCUUAUUAGGUAAGGAUCGUUCAAAUUUGUGGAACCAAAUGCAAUUUUGGGAAGAUGCGUUUUUGGAUGCCGUAAGUCAAGAACGAGAUAUGAUUGGCAUGGAUCAGGGUCCCAUAGAAAUGAUGGAGCGUUAUAAAGCAUUAAGUGAAUCUGAAAGAAAACGUUUAGAACAUGAUGAAGAUCGUUUGUUAUCAACUAUGUUAUACAAUUUGACUGCAAUAUUGGUUAUGCUGAAUGUUAGUAAAGAAGAAAUACGCCGCAAAAUACGUAGACUGCUUGGAAAGAGUCAUAUAGGUUUGGUAUACUCUCAAGAGGUCCACAAUUUGGUAGAUCAAAUCAAUAAUUUGAAUGGCAAUGGAAUUGAUUUGAAACCUCUUGGAUCUAGACUUUUAAUGGAGCGACAUACAGAAAUAGUUGGACCUUACAUUCAACAAAAAGUUGUCUUGAAUAAACCAUGUAAACAUCCAACAAAUACAGGUUAUAAAAACACUUAA